UAUGGUUUAGGGGUGAAACAGACAUAUUUGUGGGACAGCUUUUUUGUCAGUGUGGGCAGAAGGAAAUUGGACCCUGCGUUUUCUUUGAAUUUUAAAUUUUUAGUAACAAAUCGAAGGGUCCGAUUUGUUUGGGUGAGAGAUAAAAAUUCGUAUGCAUGAAAUCGGACCCAACGAUAUCACAAGGAAGAAUUUUGCAUGCAUAUCGCAGGGUCCGAGUUCGCUGAUGAGGGUAUGAGUUUGGCAACAAUGAACUCGGACCCUCCGUUUUUUGUGAGAGCUUGAGGGAACUCGGAUGGUCCAAGUUCGUGGACCAAGUUUUUUUUUUAUUUUAUUGUUUAACCUAGUCGAAGGGUCCGAUUUCAGUAAAGAUGAUGAUAUAAAAGUGUGAGGUGAACUGGUGGGAGCUUUGUGCCGUCUUCCUCCUUCGAGCAGCUUCUUCUUUCUUCUUUCUUCUUUCUGGUUCAGUUUUAACUUUGGAAGUCUAGUAGUUAGAAUUAAUGUUGUCUUUUUUGUGGUGAGUGAGGAAAAAUGAGUGAUAGAGUAUUACUUAAAAUAUACUAUUUUGGUCAGAUUUUGUUACAAACGACUGAAGGAGUUAAAUUUAUUUGUGAAAAUCUGCUAGAUAUUGUCAUUUCUUUUAUUAUCUCAUUUGAAGAGCUGAAAGGUGUAAUAUGUGAAAAGAUUGAUUCUGAGAGGGCAAGAAAGAUAUCGUGUAUACUAUACAGAUAUCCCAUUCCGGUGUUUGGCGGAUUCGUCCAGUAUCAAACCAAAUAUGUGACGGACGAAGCGAGCAUGCAGGAGAUGUUUUCAAUGUAUAUUGAUGAAAACCGGUCUCAGAUCUCGUUCAUCGAGUUGUAUGUUGAGUUUGAACAAUCUGAGGCUGACCGCAAUAUUCUAUGGGAAGAUUAUAAUAGUGAUAGUGAAGAAGAGUUCGAAAGCAACUAUGAAUUUGUUGCUCCAAAUGGAGAUGAAGAUCAAGGUGACGGAACCAUGGCCCCAGAUGUGACAGAAGUGGCAAAUGCACUCGCGAACGAAGUUCCGUUUAAGGAGCCAUCCUUCAUGCGAGUUUUAGACCUGGAAGCCAUGCAUGUUCCAGAAUUUCCAGAAUAUAUGACUGCAGAAAUUCCUAUUGUGGAAGACGGUGAAUUUCACGUAGGUAUGGAGUUCAGUUCAAGAGAAGCUGUUAUUAAGGCGGUAAAGGACUAUAGCAUACGACGAAGCGAAGACUACAGGUUGUUUGAGUCUGAGCCGUUGAUAUUUUAUGCCAAGUGUACACAGUAUGGGUUAGGGUGUGAUUGGCUUAUUAGGGUUAGCUUGAUCAGCAGGAGGUACUGUUGGGUUAUAAGGAGGUAUAAUGGUAGUCACACAUGUACAAGAGCCACCAUUUCACAGGAUCAUUCGAAGCUGGAUUCUAUCACAAUUGCAGAAGCAAUAAAGCCACUAGUUGAGGCUGACCCAUCCUUAAAGGUAAAAUCGGUUAUAGCAGAAGUCCAAUCGAAGUUCAACUACACCGUCAGUUACCGGAAAGCAUGGUUGGCUAAGCAAAAGGCAGUUGAAAAAAUAUUUGGUGGUUGGGAGGCAUCUUAUGAAGCGUUGCCAAUAUGGUUUGAGGCCAUGUGUCAUAAGGAGCCAUCAGCUGUUGUCCAUUUUGAGACUAUGCCUGCAUACCAAGGCGAUGAGUUGGUGGGGGAUAUUCGGGUCAUGCAUUGUGUAUUUUGGAGUUAUUACCCUUGUAUUAGGUCAUUCAGACAUUGUAAGCCAAUUGUCCAAGUAGAUGGGACUCACUUAUACGGAAAGUAUAAGGGUUGUUUGCUUGUGGCAGUUUCACAAGAUGGCAACAACAAUAUCGUCCCAAUUGCAUUUGCUAUUGUGGAGGGAGAGACCUCUGAUGCAUGGCAUUUUUUCCUUAGUAACCUGCGUCAACAUGUUGUAACUCGUGAUGGUGUGGGUCUAAUAUCCGACAGGCACGAAUCCAUAAAUGCAGCUGUGGAACGCAGUAACGGAGCGUGGUCACCUCUAAGAGCUUUUCAUAUGUUUUGCACCCGGCAUAUAGAGUCAAACUUUUUGAGAAAGUUCAAGGUACCGUACCUCCAAAAAUUGGUCGUCAACAUCGGAUAUUCUAGGACGGUGCGGGAGUAUGAGGUGCGUUACCAGAGGUUAAGGGAACGUAGGGGCGGGGUGGGUACCCGCGGGUUCGGGUAG